AGCUGCAGCCAGCUCGCGCGGCAUGUCGAGAAGCUGGGCUCGUGAGAGUGAGUGAGUGAGUCCGUGUCUGAGCAAGAGCGAUUAUUUCUUUUAUUUUUUUUAAAAGCGAAGCUAGUCCAGAGUCGCUUAAAAUAAAGAAAGAAAUAAAAAAAGGGGGGACGACGAGCCCUUCGACACGGUGACAGCGGGCUUUUUGUUUUUGGGGGUGAAGGCUCCCCCCUGGACGAGCGAGGUGGAGAGAAUGAGAAUAGUGGAUUUUGUUUCUACUUGUAGGUUCAGCGCCGUAGAAGACGGGAAGUCACCCCGAAAGAUUUGGUCAUGAAGAAGGACAUAGACACAUUGAUAGCAGAGGAACGUGCUGAAAUACUUGCUAAAUAUGACAAGGGCAGGCAGGAUGGUGUCAACAUUGACCCAUGGGAGGAUGCUGACUACAGCAUCUAUAAGGUCACUGACCGCUUCGGCUUCCUGCAUGAGGAAGAGCUGCCGACACCCAGUGCGCUUGAAGAGAAGCUAAAGCAGCAGGAGAUAGAGCGAGUGGAGAAAUGGCUGAAGAUGGUGAAGAACUGGGACAAGUACAGAAACAGUGAAAAGUUGGUGAAGCGUGUGUAUAAAGGCAUCCCUCUGCAACUGAGAGGCCAGGCCUGGGCCUUGCUUCUGGACAUAGAGAAAGUCAAAGAAGAAAACACUGGAAAAUAUGAGAAAAUGAAGCAGCAGGCUUGUAGCUACUCCACAGAGAUCAAACAGAUAGACUUGGACGUCAACAGAACCUUCAGGAACCACAUCAUGUUCAUGGACCGCUUUGGAGUCAAGCAGCAGGCACUGUUUCACGUUUUAGCAGCAUACUCUGUCUAUAACACGGAGGUGAGCUACUGCCAGGGGAUGAGUCAGAUCGCUGCUAUCUUGCUCAUGUACCUGAAUGAGGAAGAUGCCUUCUGGGCUCUGUCCCAGCUCCUCACUAACAGCAAGCAUGCCAUGCACGGGUUCUUCAUUCCGGGAUUUCCCAAGUUGCACCGUUUCCAGGCCCACCACGAGCUGAUCCUCUCCAAAAUGCUGCCAAAGCUGAAGAAACACCUGGACAAGGAGCAGAUGACAACGGGGAUUUACACCACCAAAUGGUUUCUGCAGUGCUUCAUUGACAGAACCCCGUUCACCCUCACCCUGCGUUUAUGGGACAUCUACAUAUUGGAGGGAGAGAAGGUGCUAAAUGCCAUGGCUUAUACAACCUUCAAGAUACACAAGAAGCGCCUCCAGAAGCUUCAGUUAGAGGAGCUGAGGGAGUUUCUCCAGGAGCAGCUGGCUGUUUCUUUCUUCCUGCCUGAUGAUGUGGUGAUUGAACAGUUACAGGCUUCUAUGUCUGAACUUCGCAGUAAAAAGCUGGACAAACCUCCUCCAGCCAAGUCAGAGGAGCUGCCAAAGAAACCUCUGGGUCAAGAGAGACCAGUCCUCCUUCUGCCUCUGCAGCCAGACUCUCCUCUGGAGGUCAAAAUAAAUCUGCAGCCAAACAGCCAACCCAGUGCAGAGGCACAGCAAACAGGCAGCAUCGCCGUGAACCAGACCCCUUCACCCGCAGAGCCCCAGGACUCCAGAACACCUCCUCUGCCUUCACCUGACCCAGUCGUAGUUCACCCACAAAGAACACCUUCUCCUUUAAGGCCUUGUAGACCCCCUCCGUUACCUCCAAAAGUAGACAAACCUUGUGCUGAGGUCGGGUUAGACAGAGAUCCGAAGGAGUCGCUUCCAGAAGUUAACCAGAUUGAAGAUGGGGGAAAACAGGAGGGCCAGCCUGAAGCCCCAGGGACCCAGGAAAAUCCUGUGGACUGGCCUCCACCCUAUGAGCCCCCUGCUUUGGAUGCUCUUAUCCUGCAGACUGAGGAGGACAUCAUGGACCUUCCAGAUCUGCCACCUCCACCUCUCUUUUACCCUGAGCAGAAGGACCAAAGCCCUUCAGGUAGCGAGUCACCCUGCCUGGGGACAGGCCCAGGGACUCAGCGCCGCUCUCCUUCCCCCCGCUUGGCCUCACCACUGGUCACUAAAAUGAAGCUAGCACCAAAACCAUGCCUAAAACCACCCACGUCUCUGGACCUAACGCAGAAAAAACCUCUACCCCCAAAGCCUUCCCAUCCCCAUACCUUAGCCACACCUCCCCCCUCCUCUCCCAGACUUCCUUCCCCAAAGCCAACCAAGUUCCCAGUCUCUCUCCACGUUCCGGUGACAGCGGGAAACAGACGGCCCUCCAACACCUCUCAGUAUGACAACCUUUCUGAGGCUGACGACGACGACCCCUAUCUGGAGAGGCUGCUGGGCUCCAUGCCUGAGGAAAUUCCCAGCAUUCACGGCGAGCCUUCACAUACCAUUGAGAAAGACUAUGACCCAGCGCUCUACCCUCUGCCUCCACCUCCUGUGUUCAUCCCUCCUUCACCCUCUCCCGUUCCUCCCUCGCUGUGCGCACUCCCCAGUUUGCCUCAGGAGCCAGAAUAUGAAGGCGAGGACAGCUGGGUGAAGGACUCCAUCAUCCCCCCUCCUCCGCCAUGUUUUGCUGACAGACUCGGUCCCUUCCAAUGUAGUGCUGUCAGCUGCUCAGACACACACAGAGCCACCUCACCUGGCUACUCUAAGCCUUUCUCUAGGGGCCCCAGGGACCAUUCUGCCUUCCCAGCACCACUCUUGUACACUGGGUCUCCCCCAGGUCACUCCAGGCCCUCAGGACAGUCGGCGGUGGGAGUGCCUCUGGUCCGAUCCAGCCCAGACUUUUGCAGGAUGCCUCCAGGUGGACAGCAGCUGCCCAAAUCAGUCACAUUUUGAAGUACCAUUCAAGGUGUUACUGAUUAUGCCAAUAUAUUUGUACUUUCUUGAUGCUUGAUUAGUUUUCAAAGCCAUCGAAGAGGUCAAAGGCCAGUAGCUAUUCCGUGUGUUAAUGUUUUAUGUGUGUGUGUGUGUGUGUGUGUGUGCGAACAUUGAUAUGUACAGAUUUCUGUGAUACUUGCACCUUUUUUGCGAGGGCAGUUAACUUUCUGUGUCGAACCUGUUUUCAAAACUGCUGUCAGUGUUACUGUUUGCUGCACAAAAAGUGAGUGUAUUAAUGCACCUGCUCUUGUUGGUGUGUAUGAGACCAGAUCUGGUUUUUAAUUUGAUGGAUAGUAUUGAGAAAUUUACAAAGAAAUAAGUCGAUCUAAUACCAGCUACGUGUUCCACCAUCGCUUCAUCUCCAGUGUGUUCCAACAAAGUGUCUUAACCUGAUCGCAGUGCACUGAGGGUAGCAACUCUAACACAAGGGCUUUUGAGGCUGCAGAAUAAGGUCAUCUUUGCUAAAGCACCCAAAGCCUAUACAUUUAUACUGCAUUUAUGGGAAACUGUGAGCAGGCUCACACAAGGUAACAGUAUGUCAUACUGUAAUGAGUAACUGUUAAUGUAACACCAUUUGUUUAUUGCAUCUUUAGGUCAAUACUUGAUAACAGUGGACCACUAAACCAGGUUGCACCAAAGCAGUUUGCAUCCAAACGUUUAAAAUAAAUUGUGACCACCAGCAAGACAUGGUGCAAUAUGUCACUAGUGUACAUACUGAAGCUAGUUUAAUUCACAUGAAGCCCGGCCCGGUCAUUUUUCCCCCCAGGCAGGUAGCAGUGGGUACUCUGUGGGUAUUUUGCUGCUUUUUUUUAAACAAAUGUUUUAAAUAGUGUUAUAUAUGUUUGCCUGACACAGAUCUCACAGCAACAAUGUACUGUUCCAUGUGUAUAUACAUGCAUGUAUCAAGGCUAAACAAGGUGGAAGUAGAGGAGUUAACAGGAGGAUUUAGUGAAUUCAACAUAUUACCAGCACAGAGGGAGUCAGUUUUUAUGAUGAAUAGCUCCAUCUAGUGGUCAGAAGUGUUAACAGAGUGACAGUAAUUGGCUUUAAGGAGGUUUUUGGGAAGAACUGUUCUGACCAUGACAUACAUCUAUAAUUCCUAUUUAUGAAUGUGGACAUUUAUACAUUUAGACGUGUCAAAUGACACAUAGUAAGCUAGACCUAAGAACCCAAAGACAGACCUCGUAUUACACUGUUCUGUACUGUUCACAGACUGGGAAGAGAAUGAAUCAAAGAUAAAUGUAUUAAUAUGCACAGCCAUCUUUUAGAGCCAUUGCAGUGACUGUGGUAUCGGAGCAAAGGUUUUUGAGAAAUGGAAGUUGAGCCAUAAUAUACUGUACAAAGGACCUAAUAGUCAAACAUGUUUAUAUUGUCCUUUCAUUCAGUUCUAUAUAUUAAGUUAUAUAUUACAUUAUAUACUAUGUCUAAACAUCAGGUUUUGCAAUUCUCUUAAGUAUUCAGCUGUUUUCCAAUAGAGUUCCAGGUUAAUGCUAAAAAACUAUUUUUAAGGAGUGACGUUAACAGAUGUUUUACAGUUUGUUCAUGAACUUUGGUCUCGCCGCUGCGAUUCUUACCCAAGAACGUGGAUUUUGGCCUGCACACAAAUCUGUUUGGCUUACUUGGAGUAUCUUUAGUCAUGUGACCUGACCACCAAUUGUACAUCACUGCUCCUUUUAUGGAUCUGGUUGACAUCAGUGACUCUGGGGCUCAGACCAAAGCUUGUGUACAUUUAUGCAACUACUUAUUUGAGUUUUAUAAAGA